AGGCAGAGCUGGAAGAAGUGGUGAAGAAGGAGCACACCAGGAUCGACAGUCAGGACGAGAGGGAACAGUCCGGGGAAAGCAGAGGAGCAGCAGCCGGGCCUGGUUCUGCUUCAGCAGGUCUAAAAGCCAAGGCAGAGGAGUAACUCGGAGCCUCUGAUAUCCGUCCCUACUCACUGCUCGGUGCACUUGUCUCAUCUGCACUCUACGAGUAUUGACAUACUUUUACAUUGGUGUUAGCUGGAUGUCACCUCUCUCUGCAGUUUUAACCCGGGCAGGCACGUGUAAUCUGGCGUUAGCUUUCCAUGUUCCAGGGAAACGCAGGUGGGAGUUCUGAGGCGGUGUGGGCUGAUUACGGCGUUAUUAAACAGUCAGGUUUCCACCUCCUCACAGAAUCAGCGGAUUUAGAUGUUCCAAUAUGUUUUAAACUGCUUUUUGUUUUUAUUGUAUGGUUUAGCAAGUCAGUGAUAUCCUGAUCAGUUUAUAAAAGUGCUCAAAAAGAGUUUCUCUGCUCUUUUGUGUUCAUUUCUGCUUAUUAACAGGUGUGGUUGCCAAUGUCAUUUAAAACUCAACACGAACUGAGCUGUAAGAAUGUAAACUGUUGGAUAGUAAAACAACUGGUUCAAUAAAUGACAUGCUUUUAAA